AGCGUCUGCGAGGGUCCCGUUGGCGCGCGGUGACCCCAUGGCGGAGUCGGAGCCCCUUCUGAGCCGGGCCCGGGGCGGCAGUGGGCGUGGCUGCCCGGAGGGCUUACCCGCUCGCUGCAGCGUCCAAGUCGGCCCUGGUGCGGCCUGGAAGGAUCUGUGCUUGGAACAGGCUGUGGUCUUUAUCGAGGAUGCGAUCCAGUAUCGGUCCAUCAACCACCGCAUGGAUGCCAGGUCGAUGUGGCUUUACCGAUGGUAUUACUCGGACGUGUGCCAAUGGAUUUUGAGCUUCGUCAUCUUCUUGAUCCUGUCUUUGGCUUUCAUUGAGACCCCUUCCUCGUUCACCAGCACGUCGGACGCCCGCUACCGCGCGGAGCCCUGGCACCCGCCCUGCGGGCUCACCGAGAGCGUGGAGGCCCUCUGCCUGCUGGUCUUCACGGCCGACCUCGCCGUGAAGAGCUACCUCGUGGGAUGGGCCCAGUUCCGGAAGAGCCUCUGGCUGCUGGCCUACUUCAUGGUGCUGGUCUUGUCUCUCGUGGACUGGAUGGUGUCGCUGAGUCUCCUCUGCCAGGAGCCCCUGCGGCUCCGCCGGCUGCUGCGGCCCUUCUUCCUGCUGCAGAACUCCUCCAUGAUGAAGAAGACGCUCAAGUGCAUCAGGUGGUCGCUGCCGGAGAUGGCCAGCGUGGUGCUGCUGCUGGCGCUGCAUCUGUGUGUCUUCACCAUGUUCGGGAUGCUGCUCUUCACGGGCGAGAAGCAGGACGAUGGGCAGGACCGGGAGAGGCUGACCUACUUCCGCAACCUGCCAGAGGCCCUGACGUCGCUCCUGGUGCUGCUGACCACCGCCAACAACCCUGACGUCAUGAUUCCUGCGUAUUCCAAGAACCGCUCCUACGCCAUCUUCUUCAUAGUGUUCACCCUGAUAGGAAGCUUGUUUCUGAUGAACCUGCUGACGGCCAUCAUCUACAACCAGUUCCGGGGCUACCUGCUGAAAUCUGUCCAGGCUUCACUGUUCCGGAAGCGGCUGGGGACCCGGGCUGCCUACGAGGUCCUCUCCAUGACGGCAGAGGGACAAGCCCACCCGCAGGGCGCUGGGGUGAAGGCCCAGGACCUGCUGCAGGCGCUUCAGAAGGUGCAGGUGGACAGCACCCGCAAGCAGGCCCUGCUGGAGAAGGUGCGAGCCCAUGGCCACGGCCUGCUGUCCGCCAACGACUUCCAGAAACUCUUCAACGAGCUUGACAAGAGUGUCACCAGAGAGCACCCGCCGCUGCCCGAGUACCAGUCCCCGUUUCUGCAGAGUGCCCAGUUCCUCUUCGGCCACCGCUACUUCGACUACCUGGGGAACUUUAUCGUCCUGGCGAACCUCGUGUCCAUCUGUGUGUUCCUGGUGCUGGACGCGGACAUCCUGCCCCACAACCGUGACGACUUCGUCCUGGGGAUUCUCAACUGUGUCUUCAUCCUGUACUACCUGGCGGAGAUGCUGCUCAAGGUGUUUGCGCUGGGCCCGCUGGGGUACCUGUCCUACCCCAGCAACGUGUUCGAUGGCCUCCUCACUGUCAUCCUGCUGGUCUUGGAGAUCUCAACGCUGGCUGUGUACCGGUUUCCACACCCAGGCUGGAAGCCGGAGAUGCAGGGCCUGCUGUCGCUGUGGGACAUGGUCCGCCUGGUGAACAUGCUCAUUGUGUUCCGGUUCCUGCGCAUCAUCCCCAGCAUGAAGCUGAUGGCAGUGGUGGCCAGCACCAUCCUGGGCCUGGUCAAGAACAUGCGGGCGUUCGGCGGGAUCCUGGUGGUGGUGUACUACAUCUUUGCCAUUGUUGGCAUCACCCUGUUCCAGGGGGUCAUCAAGGUGCCUGGAAAUGGCAGCCUGGCCCCUGACAACGGCUCGGCGCCCUGCGGGAGCUACGAGCAGCUGGAGUACUGGGCCAACAACUUCGACGACUUUGCGGCUGCCCUGGUCACGCUGUGGAACGUGAUGGUGGUGAACAACUGGCAGGUGUUCCUGGACGCCUAUCAGCGCUACGCGGGCCCGUGGUCCAAGGUCUAUUUUGUGCUGUGGUGGCUGGUGUCCUCUGUCCUGUGGGUCAACCUGUUUCUGGCUCUGAUUCUGGAGAACUUCCUGCACAAGUGGGACCGGCGCGGCAACCUGCCGUCCCUCUCCGGGGACCUGGAGAGCACCCAUGACACGAGCACUGUGGACCUCUUGUUCAGGGAGGUCCUGGAGGAGCCGACGGAAGAGGAGCUGAUGGAGAAGCUGAGGCAUCAUCCCCACCUGCAGUGGUGCAGGUGACGUCCAGGUGCGCCGUCCUGGCGGGGGCGGCGGAUGCGAUGCGGCCUGGGGACCGACGCAGACCACGG